CCCAGAAACUCUUCUACUCGGUCUUUUUGGUUAUCUUAAGAACCUUGCCGCACAGACUCAUUCGAUAUUGAUAACCUUAUCCAACACCUCCGCGCGAUUGAGCAAGUAGCGAGGCAUGAAUCGCAAAUAUGUUUUUCUUUAAAUCGAGGGGGUCAAAGGCAAACAAGAACUCAAAGUGAGAAAAGAUCUUGCAUCAGAGUCUUCCCUUCCCCUCUUUCUCACUUAGUACUUCUUUCUUCCAUCAAUAUUUGCAUCAAUCAGCCAAGCCAUGGCCGUUCCAGGCAUCGAGUCGAUGCCCUCGAGGCCGAUGACUUCGGAGGAGUUCAGCGCCGCGAUCAUCAAAGCCUGUUUCUUGUACAGUCAAGAAGAAGUUACAGAGAUCAAACCCAGAAAAGUCCGGGCGCUAUGUGUAUGUUUCGAGCUGGACAAGGACAGUCACCCCAAUGUUGAAAGCACCAGCGAGCAAGUCCGCGAUGUCUUCGAAAACACUUAUGGUUACGAUACUGUCGGUCUCGUGAUCCGGAAACAAGACAAAAACCCCCAAGCAACAUUGACAUCAGCUCUCGGAGGUCUAUUCAACGGAAUGGACGAAGAUUGUAUAGCUAUCCUGCACUACAUUGGUCACGGGGGGGGGAGGCCAAAAGUUCGUCUUCCCCUCAUUAAGAGAUAACAAGAUAGAUCCUUGGGACGCCAAUGUCUUGAUUCUUUUUGAGUGCUGCUUUCCUAUUGAGAUUGACGGUUACAUAGGCCAUCACAAAGAAUUGAUCUACGCCUACGCUUCGGGAGAAAGCGUGUGCGAUGAUGGUCUCGGUUGCGAGCGCGGCUUCAGUAGAAAUCUUGUUCGAGAACUGAAGCACGCUCAUGAAUGUGGACAUGUCUUAUCCACGUCGCAGCUAUACAGCCGCUUGGCAACAAAGAGUUUCACCAUGAAAGAAUCUUGGGAAACGGAGCUGGAUUCUCUGCCCCAUUACAUUCGACACCCUCGAGAUCACGGACCAUCUCUGCUAUUGCAACCCAUGCGGCAGAAAAGCAACUUAGACCUGACUCCAGCCCCUUGCCAAACUUUGGGCGACCAGGCAGCUGAUGUCGUUCUGUCAGUUCAAAUCGCCAAUGGUGGGUGGCAAGCAUUACACGCCAUUCAGUCAUGGGCCCAGAGACAUCCAUUGACUGAAGGCCGUGUCCGAGUCGACGAGCUGUACAAGAGAACAGACAAAUGUAUCCUCGCCGUCACCUUCCAGGUAUGGUACAAUUUACCGGAUCAUCCAGCCAUGAAUCAGAUUGGGUUUGAGUUCAAGCGGACGGCUGGUCAGUUGAACGGACUCUGAAACAAGAGAGACAGCAGAGAUCCUAACUGCUGAAGAACGACUCCUACUUCUUGGCCACAACAACAGAAGAAUCACAUUGUCGUGACUCUGGAGUACAAUUUGCAGAGUUGAAGAUGGAGUGAUUAAGAUCAGGGC